GCUGCUUCUGCUCCUCCAUCACCCCCCGACCUCACUGCCAGCGGCCCGGCGUCGUCAGCCCGCACGCCCGCCAUGCUCGCCCAGCUGUCCGCCCAGCGCACGCGCUCCUACCUGCUGCAGGCGCUCAACUUUCUCUCCGUCGUUGCCACGGCGCUGGCGCUCUGGAAGGGCCUCGCCGUCGUCGCCGACACCGAGUCGCCCAUCGUCGUCGUGCUCAGCGGCAGCAUGGAGCCGGCCUUCUACCGCGGCGACCUGCUCUUCCUCAGCAUGCCCUCCGGCCCGCUGCGCGUCGGCGACAUCACCGUGUACAAGGUGCCCGGGCAGGACAUCCCCAUCGUGCACCGCGUGCUCGAGACGCAUAACUCACGGACAGACCAGCUGCUCUUGACGAAGGGCGACAACAAUGCGGCAGACGACCUGGUGCUGUACAAUGGCGCGUCGUGGAUGCGGCGGAGCAACAUCGUGGGCAAGGUGCAAGGGUGCGUGCCUUACGUCGGCUACGUGACGAUCGCUCUCAACGACUACCCCAAGCUCAAGUAUCUGCUCUUGGGCGGCCUGGGACUGUCGCUGCUGCUACAGAAGGAAUGAAGCAGCUUGCCUCCAGCACCACGCCAAGCUCCGAUCCUCUCUCUGAUGCAGCCGGACAGGCGCGUCGGCCUAGCCACCGCAUGGCCAGGCGAUGCUUGUCUCCGCGUAUGUUCAUACAUCCGCACUCGGCGAGCGCUGCUGUUCCAGCGCCCAGGACCGUCUACGCUGGUCAGCUCAGCGUCCUGUCUGCGCCAGCCAGCAAAGGGGCGCAUGCGGAAGUGCCAGCGCCAGCCACGCCAGUAGACAGUAGCUAGGUCGAGACGGUGCGUUGAUGGAUGAGGUGUGUCGAGCGUGUAGAGUGGAACAUGUGCAGAGUGAGUGGUGGGGAGGCAGGGUCGGGCCUGGAUCUAGAUGUCAGUCAUGGCUGGGCCGCCCCAGAGCGCGUCCUGGUGGAGAGGGGGAUGAGCGAGAGCGACAGCAGGCGCCGGGGGGCAUCUGUGACUCACGCGCGUCUUGAUGCUGAUCAGCUCCGAGAGAGCAGCAC